CAGGCUCCUGUGUCUCUAGAGGAAACGCGUCUGAUCUCGCGUUGAGACGCGUCUGUGUCAGUUACGCUUCUGAUCGCUCCGGACGCGCGUUUAAUGCGAUGAAACGUGGAUGUUCAGAAUUAUGAAUUAUCAUUACAGGAUAGAGAAGAAAGGAAACGUUUUUAGGAAUACUUUUUCAUUAUCUGUGGAUUAUUUUCACUUGUCAGUUUGACAAAUUCCUAAUUUAUUCCACUCAAGUCCAUGACAGGAGAGGUCGACCAGGACAGAAAAGAUGCCAAAGGCUGGAGAAAUCCAGACAGUUCCAUGGCAAGGCCUGCCCGAUGUGACCUGAGCAACUGGAAGGUGAUGCUGUUGAUAUUUGGAUGUCUUCUGAGUCUGGCUGAUGGACAUUUUCUGCAGAAGGGGACAGAAGAACUUCAACCCGGCAUGCUAAGAGCCUCUUCAACACCUUCAGAUCAUACCAGACACCAACAUAACCCGGACCGGUGGCAGAGCGAUGCACCCUGGGCCGGACUGCAGGAUGCAUCUGUGGUAGAAGAGGGUGAGGAACCUCGAGUCCGGUGGCAACGAUCCUCCACAAGCGUCUCCAGUCCGAGAAAAUCCCGCAAGGAGCGCAAGGAACGUCGUAACCGGGCGCGAGGCCGAAGCAGCCAGGAAUGUCGUUUGGAGAGGAAGCAGAUGCGUGUGCGUGAUCUGGGACUUGGAUACGACUCGGACGAGAUCGUCCUGUUUAAGUACUGUAUAGGAACCUGCAUGAGCGCCCGCAGGAACUAUGACCUGGCCCUGAAGGUGCUGAUGGAUAACGGCAGCGUUCCGAGCCGAAAGGUGAGCACCCAACCCUGCUGCAGACCGACGCGCUUUGAGACCGUCUCGUUCAUGGAUGCCCAGACCAGCUGGCAGACCAUCAAGUGGCUUUCAGCGGCCAACUGCAGCUGUCUAGGAUGAGAUGCGGAAAAUGGUCACAAGCUCCUGUAUAGAGAGAGAAAUUCCUUGGAGAUUUCUUGGAAUUCUUCCGCAGAGAAAAAGUGUUGCUGCGCUCCUGCUCAAACCAAAGAGCAUUGACAGAAGAGUGCAACCACACUAGGUCUGAUCUGAUAUCGUGGAAGCAUCAGAAGGGAUGUCCUGCGGGGUGUACGUCCCCUCGCUGUUGGUUGUUGGAGACAGUAGAGAAGUUGAUUCCUCUGACCUUAAAUUUCUGUGAGGGAGCUGAUAAACGCUCCAAGACUGCAGUUUUGUGAAAAGUAACUUGAAGGCCUACACUUCACAUUGUCUGCCUCUUUGCAUUAUGGGAUUGAGGAUUUGUAGAUCAGUAUGUUCUGAGGUUAACUUGGAUAUCAUGAAGGUUCAUUUUACCAAAGCGGAAGGUGAUUCACUAAUCAGUUUAGCGUGUGUGUUUGUUAUUAUACACACGCACACUUUCUCAUAAGCCAAAUGCACACUACACCUGCUGAAACUGCUGGUUAGUUCUAGUGGUUUGGUUUUGGUCCAGCUGGUGGACCAACAUGGCUAUAAAGUUCACCUGCAAAAAACACCAGUCGACCAGCAUGGUGUCUCUGGUGAAUCUGCUUGACCAAAGACACAAUCAUUCAAAACACAACAUAUGUGGGUGACCAACAACACCCUUAAAAAUAAAGGUGCCUCUUGAUGCCAUAAAAACUAUUUCAGACGAGGCUGAAUGAUUCCAUAAAGAACUUUUAACAUCCGACCAUUGUUUCACAAUAUUCUUUGCUGUUGAAAAAGCCUAUAACAACUGAGAAAAAUGGUUCUCAUAAGAUCCUUUGAGUGAAUGGCUCCUUGCGGAACCUAAAAUGGUACUUCUAUGGCAUCGCUAUGAAGAACGAUUGUGGCAUUGUUAUUUUUAAGAGUAAACGUGAACUAGCAGUUCGGCAAGACAGAAACUUGUUGGUGAGAAACAGAAAGCCCCAAAUCAAAGUAUUAGUUUCUCUUUAAACAGCGGAAAAAGACCUAAAAAAUAAGUAUUAAAGCGUUAUUGUUACUGUGGUCUUUCAAUGCAGGUUGACCAGCUUCUGUGUUGUAUUUGCCCCAUUAGUGUAAUAUACAAACUAACACAAACACACACUCAUCCACACAGCCAGCUGGACAGUUUUCUUAAGCACAUUCACCAGCCUCUGUUCAGUUCAAGAAAUACCUCUUUAACUUAUGGUCCUCUGAAACUUUUUCUCUAAAAGCUUUAAUAUUGUUCUUUAUCUCUCACUGCAUGAGUGAUUUCCUGUUUCUUUGUGCAUUUUUUUCAAAUUAUGUAGUAGAUCUGAAUCAGUGUAGACCGCACAUUUACAAUGACAAUGAAAUGACAAGGAGAAAGACAGACAAUCUGGUCAAUGAGUUGUACAGUCUUAAUUCAGAUCACUUCUAAUUUUCACACAUUUUUUGUUUGUGUUAAGACAUGUCUUUAUUAUCAUACUCCAUUGUAUACAAUAAUGAAUGAUAUAGUUUGGCUGUUUGUCAAAUUGAACACUGUUUGCUGACUACAUUGACUCUGGUUCAUAAUACUGUGAUAACCGCUUUAGCAAAUUUUUGUAUUAUUACAACAACAUCAUGUCAUUUGAUGUUUUUUGUUUUGAUUUAUUACAUGUGAGGCAAACAAUACCAAAGCAUACAUGACCUCAGGUAGGGACAGUGGGUGCGUUCUAGAUGUGCCUGGAAAUGAAAUGUGGUGUUCUAAAGCAUGAAUUUCCGCUAUAAAUGUGGUAUGUGUAUAAUCUACGCCUCUAUAAUCUACAGUCUUGCAGUGGGAAGGACAGACUGCUCCAUUACAAUUCUCAGAGUUAAGGUACUCUCUUAUUAUAUGGUUUACCUUAAUUUCACUCUUUAGACAUUUUUCCAGAGAUGUUGAGUUCGAGUGAAUUCACGGGACCUGCUAAAAGAAUGUCUCCGAUGUCUUUCACCCCAAGUUCUGUUUAAAGAAAUUACAAUUAAUUAUUACAUUCAUGAAUUGCUUUCCAAAAAUUGAUCAAAAUCACUAUAGGAAUAUUUCAUAUAAGCAAAUGUCUGGAUGCAUUUCAAUAAUAAGAACUGGUGGAUUUGGUUAAUUUAAAUGCUGAUAAAAAUAGGCUUUUUUUCAAAUGCAAAAUGUAAUUUCUUGUUUUUCAAUUUUUGAUUUUGCGGUGAAAAUGUUAGUUUAACCCUCAGUACCCAAAAAUAUGUUUUUGUAACUAAACAUGACCAAUCAGUCUUUGUUUUAAAUGUAACAGGGAUUUAAAUAAGGUGAAUUGAAAGCAUUUUAAAUCAGAUUUUAAUUUGUUAUCAUAUUUGUUAUUUUUUGUUAGAUUUGUUGUGUUUCAGACCUGUCUUUUGCAAUUAUUUGAAGAAUGUCUGUUUUUGGCACUGACAGAUGAAGUAAUGAGCUCUUUCUCAACAUUUCAAUAUGUCAGAUAGAUGCAAAGCUUUUUAUUGUCAUGUCACAUUCUAUAUAAUGACCUCUCUUACUUUUACUUUUAAGUAAGUUUUUAAUGAUUAUGGAGGAUGUUUUGGUAAGUUUUGAGAUUUGAUCCUAUCAGAGUCAAGGAUUUUUUUAAGUGGUUAUAAUUUCGUUUCACUUCAACCUUUGAAAAUGGUUUGUACGUUGACAUCCCUUAACUCUUUGGAUGCUGUGCAUCCCCAGGU